GGCGGGGGUUCUAAGAUGGCCGCCGGGCCGCCGCUUCCAGACCGGUAAGUUCGGCGUAGCGUGGGGCUUGUUGGCGGCCGGAGUGGUCUCCGGCCCGAGGGGUGUGGGGUUUGGAGGCAGUGAAGGCGGAGGAGACGGCCGGGCGGCGCGGACGCUGGGGUCCUCAGCGGAGGCGCCCGGAACCGGCUGGGGAAGCUCCGGGCUCGGGCGGCGGGGCGCGGCGGUUCCCUCAGCCCAGCCCGGAGGAGGGAAGCAGAUUCACCGGCCCCUGUUGCGGUGUCUGGGACAGCGGCUCCCACUCCGGAGAAGGUCGGCAGGCCAGGCUUCUGCCGUCCCGUCCCCGGUGCGUGCCGGGGAGAGGACUCGAACCCGGUUUGAGAGCUGCUGGUGGCCCUGCCCGCAGAGCCUGCGGACGUCCCGGCGGCGCGGGAGGCGGUGCACCGUCCUAGAGCCACCUCCUUGAACUUAAGAAAAGAUGUGGAGUGGUCUUCUACCUCCUGGUCUAAAUGAAAGUGAUGUCGAGUUGAGUUCUGAAGAUGAAGCUACAGUAGGGAACUCAGAACUUAAACUACAGGGAGAUGAAGAGGCUGGUACCAGUAGUAAACCAGAAAUCACCGAUUUUCCAGCAGAUGGGCCAAACACUGAAACAGAGGCCGAUACAAAUGCAUAUGAAAAAUGCCCUUCUGGAAUUCCCCUAAAUAUGUGGAAUAAAUUUCAGGAAUUGCAUAAAAAACAUUCUGAACAGAAAAAUUCAACAUCAAGAUUCAGACAGAGAAAAAGAAAACGUUCCAAAAAAGGUAAAUUGAAGAAUGAAAAAGAACCUCACAGUGAGCAGUCCUCCAGUGAAGCACAGUGGAAGGAGCUUACUCAGUAUUUUGGAGCCAAUGAUAGAUUUGAACCCCCUGUUAAACAGAAAAAAGUUGAGAAGUCAGGCCUUGAAAAGAGGAUAGACCAGGCAGUGGACGAGUGGGAUGUUGAGAAGGCUGAAGAGCUCAGCAGCCAGCUGGCUACUCGAGAGCUCGGUGUGAAAAUUGCCAAAGCAAUUGCCUGCCACAAGUUUGUUAAAGCCAAAAAGGAGGCUGAAAACUCACAGGCUGCUCGAAAAAAGAAGAAACUGGCAUGGGGGUUUGAAGCAAAGAAGAGAUGGGAAACCAAAAGCAACAUGGGAUAUAUGUAACUUUGCAGUGCUCUUCAGGACUCUUGUAGACUGGCACACUUCAUUUACCAGGAAGAUUUUCCUGCUUAAGUUAAAUAUGUCAGAAAAUUGAUAAAGGUGGAAAAAAAGAUAAGCAUAAAACUUGGGAGUUGAUUAUAAACUCUUUUCAGGUUAUUGUU